CUAUUUUCUUUCACAUUUGUUUGCCGCGUUUAUUGCAGCCCUCACCAGUAGUUCACUGUUCACAGUUGGGCCGUGCUCCUCCUUCCUCCUUUGCCAUAUUCGAUCCUAUAUAAGGCGCUCUCUCCAGAGCAACAAAAACUAAUUAAAAGCUACCGAACGAAGAACAAUGGCUGAAGAAGUGAGCAACAAGCAGGUGGUAUUGAAGAACUAUGUUACUGGGUAUCCUAAAGAGUCUGAUAUGCAAAUUAUGACUUCUUCUAUAAAGCUAAAGAUCCCAGAAGGCACUCAAAAUGCUGUUUUGCUCAAGAAUCUUUACUUAUCUUGUGAUCCUUAUAUGCGAGGCCGCAUGACCAAGCUCGACACCCCUUCCUUUGCUCCUUCCUUCCAGCCAGGAGAGCCUCUUAGUGGAUAUGGGGUAGUCAAAAUUCUGGAUUCUACACAUCCAAAUUACAAGAAAGGAGACCUGGCCUGGGGUUUUACUGGAUGGGAAGAGUAUACUCUCGCAGUUGAUCCUCAGGCUUUGAUUAAAAUUGAACAAACAGAUCUGCCCCUUUCCUAUUAUACUGGAAUUCUAGGUAUGCCUGGUGUGACUGCCUAUGCUGGUUUUUAUGAGUUAUGCUCUCCUAAGAAAGGAGAAUAUUUCUAUGCAUCAGCAGCAUCUGGUGCAGUUGGUCAGAUUGUUGGGCAAUUAGCAAAAUUAUUGGGUUGUUAUGUUGUUGGAAGUGCUGGAUCAAAAGAAAAGGUUGAUCUGCUGAAGAACAAGUUUGGAUUCGAUGAGGCAUUCAACUACAAGGAAGAGCCAGAUUUUGAUGCAGCUCUUAAAAGGUAUUUUCUUGAAGGCAUAGAUAUUUACUUUGAAAAUGUUGGAGGGAAAAUGCUUGAUGCAGUACUCCUAAACAUGAGGAUUCGUGAACGGAUUAUUUCUCAUUGUCAUUUUUUAAUGUAAAAAAUUGGAAAAUCAAAGAUCACCGUUGAUGCCAGUCAA